AUGGUGGUGGAUUUCAGCAGGCACAUGCACACACCACAAACACACCAGUGAACCUCCAGACAAUGGACAUAGAUACUAUGGAUUCUUAUAGUUCACCUGAACAAAAAACUGGACUGGUCUGACUAUGCUGGUGCCUUUUAUAAGAAGUGAGAGCAGGCUUUACCUGCGAAGGACACUUAGAUCCUUUGAAGUGCAGAGUGCACUCCUGAGGUCUUUCUGCUCUGUGGUCGCAUCAGUUAUAUACGAUGGUGUGAGCUGCUGGGGCAGCAUCUUAGCAUCCCAUACCCUAAAAAAAAAAAAAAACAAAUCUUUAAAGUUCUCACUCAUCUAUUGGUUGACUUCCACUGAGAUUGUGCCAACCCCCUCAAAAGAAAAUUAUAAAAAGAAAUCCACACACACGACAGGAAGCUCUGAAAUUCUCGCCUAUCUGUCUCUCCUCCAAACUACAUCUGAGCUGAGAGUCAUGAAUCUCCAAAAUUACCCAACUGCACCUGUUCUGCCUGCACCGUCCACAGUUCAGUACACCACCGUGAAUGUUAUUGCUGAGCCCCCUAGGGACCACAUCAUCUGGUCCAUCUUCUCCUUGGUCUACUCAAACCCGUUCUGCCUCGGACUGGCUGCUCUCAUCUUCUCUGUCAAGGCAAGAGACCGGAAGAUGGCUGGAGAUGUGGAAGGUGCCCGACACUACGGCUCCACUGCUCGCUGCCUCAACAUCAGCGCCAUGAUCAUAACUUCCCUUAUGGUCCUGAUUACCAUUAUUACAGUGGUCAUAUCUGUACAGCGUGUUGCGUAUUAUAAUGGUAACUAUAACUAUAAAGGCAAUACUCGUUAUAAUUGGUACGGGUAAUUGCCACACUGCUGUGCUUCUGUGACUCUUCGAUAUUGUGUUUUCCUUCCCUAUGUUCAUGCUUGCUUACACCCUGAGAUAAAAGCAAAAUAAAAAGUAAUAACAAUAAUAAUAAUCAAAAAUGUAAACAUUUGUUCUGAUGUUCUGUAUCUCAGUCAAUAAAGAUGUCUGUAGCAAAUAAGUUUAGAGUAUUUCUGUUUUUAUACCUAUCCUGGAUCUGAAAAGUAUAUAAUAUAUAUAUAAAGGAGAUGAAAUCAUGUCAGUGACCAAAAACAAACCAUGUCCAUUACAGUACUACCCUACUACGCCUA